AUGAGUAUGCUCUGGAUUCUUUACAUCGCUGCCGCAAUGGCCGCUGACCCGGGGAUCGCUCCCAUCGGUAACGGAAACCAAAGAACAACAGAGACUACAGCGCCUCCAGCUGGAAUUCAAGUGCUUACAGCAACCACCAAUACACCUACAACGGCUGCUGCUUUGACUGAUACGGCUGCUACGACCCCUGCUGCUGGAGCCACAACGCCAACGACCAAUACUGCUACAACCGGCACCGCUACAACCGGCACCGCUACAACUGGCACCGCUACAACUGGCACCGCUACAACAGGAACUGCUACAACCGGCACGGCCACUACGCCAACAACGGCCACAACACCCAAAGAGGCUACUACCCCAACUACCGCCACCACUCCAGCUGCUGGUGCGGCUACUACGCCAACAACUACUGGCACUGGAACGAAAACAAAAACAGACAAUACCUCCACCAUGAACGCUUCCCAGUUGUCCGUCUGGAAAAUCACCAACACCAUGAACUCAGCCGACCUCGUUGCUUGGUCUGCUGCACAAACUGCUGAAACAGGCACUAUCACGCCUACUACCGCUCCAGCUGCUGCCGUUACUAGUAAUGCAGGUCCUCCAGACCCUACUGGAUCCGACAGAGCAACCCAGGCUCCUCCACCUCCGGGUCUCUCUUAUAUCACCACGUACAGACCCAGAACCUCUCAACCAGCCCAGGCUGCUGCUGCCACGCCAAAGGCCUCUGGAUCUGGAUCAUCGUCUGGAUCAGGCUCGAGCUCCUCCACUUCCUUCGCUGCUGGAGCCCCCUCACUCGCUUUCUCGGGCGCCCAGCUCUCUUGGCUUGCGUCUGGCCUCUUUUUGCUCGGAUAUGCUAUCUAA